GUCGACCAUCUUGUUUCGAAAACAAGCUACGUUCUUUUCGGUGUUCAAGCCACCCCGCAAAGAUGAAGAUCGGCUUGUGUUCGUAUUCCGGGUACAAAAUCUACCCGGGCCAUGGGAAGCGUCUGGUCAAAGUUGAUGGCAAGGUCUUCAACUUCCUGAACUCGCGAUGUUUGGCGGCUCAUCUGCUGAAGCGAAACCCCCGUGAGUGCCGAUGGACAGUUCUCUACCGUCGGAAGCACAAGAAGGGUGCCGAGGAAGAAACCGUCAAAAAGAGGACCCGAAAGACUGUCAAGUACCAGAGGGCUAUCGCUGGUACUUCGUUGACGGAAAUCAUGGCGAAGAGGAAUCAGAAACCGGAAGUCCGUAAGGCCGCUCGUGAGCAGGCCAUCCGUGCCGCAAAGGAAAAGCAGCGUGCUGCCAAGGCAAAGAAGCCCGCCCCAGCUCCGGCUGCAAAGAAGGCACAACCCUCCCAGAAAGCGGCCAAGCCCCAACAGAAGGCUGCACCUCGUGUCGGAGGGAAGCGAUAAGCACAUCCGACAGUGGAGGUGGAAUAAAGCUCUAAGCGAAUGAA